AGGAAUCGGGGAGCGCCACCUGGGGGAUUCCACCUCCCCACCCGCAGACGCGGCGCUCGGUCCCCCGGGAUCUGCUAGGAUAAAUGCACUCGCUCCACCACGCCAUUCUCGCCUUCCUUUCCCGCAGAAAAGCGCCGCUCGCUCGAGUGGCCCCGAGGUCCCCGGGGAUGAGGGUGCGAGAAUCCCUGUUUUGUCUGACCGCAGAGGCCCCUGAAGUCACUCCCAACUUCUUCGCCCUCGGAGGGGUCUUGUUGCGUGGCCCAGGAAGACCGAGGGAAACGGUGGCCGGAGACAGGAGUCGGGGUAGGGCCUUCGAGGGAACGGGUCCCCUCUGCGCGCCCCCCGGGACGCAGGGACGACCUGAAAACUUUGGGGUCCCUCCGCACACCAUCCCCCGACGCCAGCUUACCUAUUCGAUUGAAUGCAAGUUCUGGGGAGAUGGAGCCCAGAUUUAAGAAACCCAAGAAUAUCCGGAGAGGAAAGUUUGGAAAAGUUCUUUUGUUUGAUGUUCCCUGUGGUUGGGGCGAAGUAGCAGACACUACGUGGAAACGCUACCCGCGGAGGCGCAGUCUGCGGUCCCGCAGGGGGUGCUCGGAACGCGACCGAAAAUGCUGGGGCGCUGGUUGCUGGAAUCCCAGUGCUACGGUGACCCCCUCCUCUUGAAGGGCGGAGGGCGGCCGCGGGCCCUUAGGGGCAGGAGGACAUUUUACUACGGAUUGCUCUGGAGUGCGGCAUGCAGGAGAGCAGAGCUGACGUCUGAUAAAGACAUGUACCUUGACAACAGUUCCAUUGAAGAAGCUUCUGGAGUGUAUCCCAUUGAUGACGACGACUAUGCUUCUGCAUCAGGCUCAGGAGCUGAUGAGGACAUAGAGAGUCCAGAGCUGACAACAUCUCGACCACUUCCAAAGAUAGCGUUCACUAGUGCUGCUCCAAAAGUGGAGACCACAACGCUGAAGAUACAGAACAAGAUACCUGCACAGACGAAGUCACCUGAAGAAAUUGAUAAGGAAAAAGUUCACCUCUCUGACUCAGAAAGGAACGUGGACCCAGCUGAAGAGGACACGAAUGUGUAUACUGAGAAGCACUCAGACAAUCUGUUUAAACGAACAGAGGUCCUAGCAGCUGUCAUUGCUGGCGGAGUUAUCGGCUUUCUCUUUGCAAUUUUCCUUAUCCUGCUGCUGGUGUAUCGCAUGAGAAAGAAGGAUGAAGGAAGUUACGACCUUGGGGAACGCAAACCAUCCAGUGCUGCUUAUCAGAAGGCGCCUACUAAGGAGUUUUAUGCGUGAAACUCCCACUUAGUGUCUCUAUUUAUGAGAUCACUGAACUUUUAAAAAUAAAGCUUUUGCAUAGAAUAAUGAAGACCUUUGUUUUUCGGUUUUUUUCAUUAAAGAGCCAUUCUGGCACUCUAAUGAUAAAAUCCCAUUGUAUUUAAAACUCUUCAUGUAUUUCUUUAGAACAACAUAAAAUUAAAACUUAACACCUGCAGUGUUCUGUGAAUAGCAGUGGCAAAAUAUUAUGUUAUGAAAACUCUCAAUGUUCAUGGAAUCGGUUUAAACUUUUAUGUGCGAAUAUGAAAUGAUUGUUUUUAUCCUAUGGUCCGAAGAUGAGAGCUGUUUAAUUUGUGUUGGCAUGUCUCAGAUUGACCUUACCAAGUUGGUCUUCCUUUGUUAAUUUAUCUGUUGUUGCCCUCUCCUCUCUUGUCCCCUCAAAAACAAAACAAAACUCUAUGCCUUCUGUAGCUGUUAUGGUGCAGUUUGUCUUUGGAUAAUUCAGAUAAUGGUAAUUUAGUGUAUAUGUGAAUUUCAAAUAUGUAAACUUAACCUCCACUUUGUAUAAAUUUUUAAGUGUCAGACUAUCCAUUUUACACGUGCUUUGUUUUUCAUUACCUGUAGCUUCCGGCAGAUUUGCAACAGCAAAUUAAUGUGUAAAAUUGGAUUAUUACCACAAAACUGUUUAGUCAUAUCAAUCUAUCAGAUCUUCUUUUGGGAGGAUUUGAUGUACGUUACUGACAAGCCUCAGCAAACCCAAAGAUGCUAACAGUAUUUUGAGAAGUUGCCGCAGAUUCCUUUGGCCACUGUAUUUGUUAAUUUCUUGCAAUUUGAAGGUACGAGUAGGGAUUUAAGGAAAAAUCAGUUUUUGUUCUUAAAAAUGCAUUUAAGUUGUAAACGUCUUUUUAAGCCUUUGAAGUGCCUAUGAUUCUAUGUAACUCGUCGCAGACUGGUGUUAAUGAGUAUAUAUAACAGUUAAAAAAAAGUUGGUAUUUUAUAAGCACAGACAAUUCUAAUGGUAACUUUUGUAGUCUUAUGAAUAGACAUAAAUUGUAAUUUGGGAACAUAAAAACUACUGAAUAAAUCAUGUGGCCUAAUAUUGAAAAUGUCA